GAUACACAGAGGGGCACGUGAGACUCUGCGCCUCAAUGCAGCAUCACAAGCUGGCUCUGCUGCUGCUGGCACUGCUGCUGCUGGAGACCGUGGACAGCGAGAGAGAUGAAGCCGCUGCCCUUCAGUGUUCAGGGUCCCGGCUCUAUGAAGUCACGUGCUCCUGGGAAGGCGUCGGCCAUUAUGAAUUUAACAUGAGCUUCGCAUAUCGGCAACAGCAGGCAUUUGCCUGCACGAGGCUCCACCUGCAGGAAUUAGGUCAAGGCCGGGUUAAGAUUGAAUGUCCUCUCGCCCCAAACCAUGUGCACUACUAUGUGCCACUGACCGUGACCUUGAACCUGGCCUUGGCCUCAAAUCUGACCCUGGCGAUCCAAGUUCAAAGGGUGUUCUACCUCGAGAAACACAUCAUCGUAGAGGCUCCAUAUCAUGUGACCGCAAGGGCGGGGCCUCGUCAAGGCUUGCUGAGAGCUGAUUGGCUGCCGCCGGACACACGGGGGCUGUCGGGUCACCUGGUCUACCAAGUUGCCUUGACAACCAUGCCACGUGGUGCUGCCACGACAGCUGCUACUGCCACGUGGCACUUUACACGACCUGUCGGAGCUAAACCUGACGGAGUUAAACCUGACAGAGUUAAUAAUCCUGACAUAGCUCAACCUGACAGAGCAAAUACAUUUAAACCAGCUCGAGUUCAACCUGACAUAACAGUUAAACCUGACACGGAAGAAAGUGACAUUGUGGUGAAACCUACGAUUGAUAAACUGGAUAUAUCAGUUAAACCCGCCGUGGAGAAACCUGCCAAGUCGAUGCUUCAAACACCUGCCACGUGGAGAACUCCUGCCACAGAGAUGCUGCUCCUGUCACGAGCUCCCUCUCUACUCGUGGAUGACCUCCCCCUGGGCAAGCGCGCCUGCGUCCGCGUGCGCGCUCGCCCGGACGGUGCCUCCAUGGGGGGGCCCUGGGGUCCGUGGAGCCACACCGCGUGCUCCUGGCCCGCCCACAUCACGGACCUGCUGUCUCUUCUCUGCUUCACGCGGGACCUGACCUCGUUAGCCUGCGAGUGGAGGGUGGAGACCAUUCUGAACCUCACGUUCACACUAACCUACCACUCCAGUGCUGGCAGCAUGCCGUGCGCCCCAAACCUACCGGGGUCACAGUUCGCCUCCUGUUCCCUCCCUCCUGCCGCCACGCCCGAUCCUGUGAGGGCCGAACUGCGAGCGGAGACGCGGGAUUCAACCUGGAACGUGGCAACCUGGGGUCCGGCACUGCUCCGACACGCGGUACAGACAAAUCCUCCAGGUCACGUGACCUUGCAUGCGGGGACAAGCAGUGGCACCCUGGACGUCACGUGGUCACCACCUGACCCGAGGCUGACCAAUCACCUUCGCUAUGAGAUCGGAUACACCGAUGCAGGGGAAGAGGCCGAUUGGAAGGUGGUUCCCGUCGAGGCGUCCACGCAGCUGGAGAUGUCGGGGUUGAGUCCGGGACGAGGCUACUGGGUCAGGGCGCGGACCCAGCCCAGCAGCUUCUUGUACCGCGGCUCCUGGAGCGGCUGGAGCGCAGCGCGGCUGGGGACGGCUUCGCCUCGGCACGACGUGAGGUCUUGGUCACCUUACCUUGCGGUCGUCUUGUUUAUUGUGGUGGUGGUCGUGAUACUCUUUGUGACAAAGACAAAGCUUCAGAGACUCAAGGCUCGCCUCUUCCCUCCAGUCUCCGCCAUCGACCUCCCAUUAAACCGCCUCAUGUCCGAGUUCAGCGACAGCUACCAGGGCUGUGCAUGGGAAGUUUCACCCGGGUUUCCGGAAGACACGGAGGUCGGCGCUUGCCCCAUCGAAGUUUUGUCCGAAGUCGACUCCCAGAGGCCGCUCCUCCACCCCCGUGAGGGCGUCAAUGGCGGCAGCGGCGGUGCCGGUGAUGGCGACGACGUCGACGAUUGUUCGCUGUCCACUCGCGAUCCACUCGCCUCCCCCAAGCAAACGGCCAUCCGAAGGGCCGCGACAGCGGGCGCUCGCAAACGCAGGGUGGACAGCGGCUUCUCUGAAGGAGACACGGCGUCCGACUCUGGGGAGUCCGACGCCAUGUCUCGAGCCAAUUUAGGCGAAUCAGAUUCGGUUAAAAUGGAUUUUUCUCACCCGGGAUUGGCAGAACUCGAUUAUUCCAAGUCGGGUUCAUUUGAACCGUAUUGGGUUAGUGGAGAAUUGUUUGAGCUCCCUUGUGCGAAAACAGAUUUGUCUCGGACAGAUUUAUUUAAUCCGGAUGCAGCUGAAUUUGAUUUGCAUCCACCAAAUUUAGCUAAACCAGAGUCAUCUCUAUCUGGCUUAAUUGAGUCAAACAGAAUGAAUGCAGAUGCUUUUGAGGCAGACUCAAUUGAAUCCAGUUUAGCUAAUUCAGAAUCAACUAAAUUAGAACUGGAUUCAGUUGAAUCUGAUAGACUCAAUCCAUAUUGGGAAUAUAAAAUGAACUUCGAAUCAAAUUCAGACAGAGCUAUUGAAAUUGAUCCAAGCUACGAUCAAGCUGAUUCAGGUGCAUUAGAGUCACUUCAAUUUAAUUCAACUCAACUCAAUGAAAUUGAAUCAUAUUUAUCUGAAUCCAGUUUAUCUGAACCAAGCAUAGGUGAUCCAGUUUUAUCUGGUUUGGAUUCUAAAACACAAACCUCCUUUCCAUGUGGAAUUACAUCCAACGCCUCCGUCCCAUACCCAACCCCGGUGACUUUAACCCAGACUGACGCGUCGGUCCCUCCACACACAGGGCAGCAGCAGGUGCCCCACAAUGCCCUGCAGGGCACUCAACGCCCCCAGGUGUGGCUCGUGUCGGACCCUGAAGGCUACGUCAUCGUCCCUCACCACAUACUCCCAAACCUCGGCUGCUUAAAUCCCAGCAGCCUCAGCAGUCUCGGAGAUUGCCCUCUGCAAUGUCCCCAAUUCAUUGUGGGUCUUGCCCCGAGCGAGGGAGAUGUGCCCACUCCAGGCUAUGUCAACAUGAACCUCCAGCCCACAACUUGACGUGGAAAGAGUUUCGGCCCCUCCAAGAGACUGGGUCUCGGCAUCCAGGACAGGGAGGGAUAUUGCGCCCAACCACCGCUGGGCAGAUUGGGUGCACAGUGAUUCAAGUUUAGACCCCCCCCCCCCCCAACUCUCUCCCGAGAAUCUCUCUUGUGGCAAUCAGACCUCGACGUUGCCAUUUACCUCCUGAACAUAUGCAAGCAUAGAAUAGCGUAUCAUUAGAAGUCAUAGAUCAGUAGCUGUUAUUUACCGUUUAAAAAUAAUCGUAUUGUCAUCGAUGUGGGGAAUUGAACCCAUGCAUUUUAUCUGGUACGUAAGAUCACGUGAUGUUCCACCUUCACAGUUGCAUUGUUUACAUGCAGUGUCCCCCCCUCCACACUUUCGAUUAGCACGGUUGGCUACGUACGGUGCGAAAGAAGUUCAACAUGCAUACAAGUGCUGUGUUUUUAUUGUGUGUGUAUAUAUACGGACUGUAUGUAUUAUCUUUGUCCACACGUGUUGUACAAAUUGUGGUUUAUAUCGUGGGAAACUGCUGUGACUUAUGGUUGUGUGCACAAAUUCGAAUUGCUGUGACAUGUCGUUUAUUUUUUACACAAAACUGAUUCUCCAAAAAAAAAUCCCCUUUUUUUUACCCAACGGCAAAAAACCGGGGAAAUUCAGCCGUGCGACAGCGCCACACGGUGGUGGUGGCAGCUACUCGCACUGACACGAGGAGCAUAGAUUAACAAUACAACUCCCCUACUCGUGAACUCGCUGAGCACAAUGAAGACGACAGAAAGAGCUUUAUGGUCCGUGUGUUUACGAACUGUGGGUGGGCUGCAAGUUGCCCCACAACAAACUACGUCUACGAUUAUUGACGCUCGGUUUUAAUUGCCAAAGGCUCCAACAGCCAAACUUCAGUUUAACACGUCGGCUUUCGAGACCUAUAUCCAUAUUAGAGGUUUUGGGGUUUUUUGGUGACAGUGUUUUUAAGACCGAAACAGGAGGACUUCACAACUCUGACUAUCGCCUGAUGAAGCUGGUUGUAAUUACUGGCGAAACGUCGUACUCGAAUUGUAAAUGUCGUGGGUUUACUCUCCGACACACCGGUGUGCUGAACUAGUAACGAAUUGGCACGUUUUGUUCACGCGACAACCCUUACUAAUUGGCUGUCGGGUGGUGGCGGGUUUAAUGACGCAUUUAUAGAUUUACGAAAUCGAACCCGAUGACCUCUAUUAUGGAUCCAAACGUAAGCGGCUUUAUCGAAGCAGCUCAGAGUCUCUGGAGAGACGUACGAAGCUGCGCGCUCCUGUUUCAUGCCUCGUAGAAACCGUUCCACCUUUCGAUUGAAAGGUUUCGUGACUGCAGGGAUUCAUCUUCUUGGUUCUUUCGGUAAAGUCACGUAGAAUGGAAAUAAUAAAAUAAUACAAAUAAAACAAUACAAUAAUUCUCACGACGUUUCGGCCACAACGCAAGCAGCCAUUCUCAGGUGGAGAACAGGUCUGUCGAGAAGACAGUCUGUCUUUUUUAUUAUUUCUAUUCUACGUGACUUUACCGAAAGAACCAAGAAGAUGAACCGUUCCACCCUUUCCU